AUUCAUUUCAGAAUCAGUUGAUCUAAGGCGUUUGUAUACGCAUUUCAGUCAAGUUUAGUGAUUCAUAUAUAAUACAUAUAUAAUAAAAGAUAAAGAAGACAAUAAAUAAAACGUAAACAUGAAUCGAAUUCCUGAGGAAGGUUUUUUUCAGCCUAGAGUCAGACCAAAACAUAGGUAUCCGCUGACCCCUGAGCUCGAUCAUGUACGUAAACAUGUACUGCCAAAGAUAAUGAAACACCCCCUGGCUCUACCCUUUAAACACCCUGUAGACGCUAUCACAGAAGGAAUAUACCCAGACUAUUUUUUGGUUAUCAGCCAUCCGAUGGAUUUAUACAGUGUACGCGCCAGGUUGACCCACGGCUGGUAUUUAAACAUGGGUCAGUUUAUUCAAGAUAUUAAUCUAGUUUGGCGAAAUGCGCGACAGUUUAAUCCCCCAGAUCAUCUUCUUCAUCAGUGGGCAGUUCAACUCCAGGAGAUUACUAACAAACUACUCAGACAAACCAGAAAAACAUUAGACAAGCAAAAACCCAAAGAUUUAAGAUUUUGUGAGAGAAUUCUAUCAACAUUGAUCCAAGAAAGCGAUCAAGGUUUAAGAGUUGAACCAGCUCAACGUUUAAGAGUUGAACCAGCUCAAGGUUUAAGAGUUGAACCAGUUCAAGGUUUAAGAGUUGAACCUGAUCAGGUCUUAUCUUACUCCGACCCUCUCCAGGUCCCAUUCAACCCACGGACCCAACAUGACCAAAACUCUCAUUCCUACCCUGGUAUUCUCUCUCCUCCUAGCUCACUACCUCAAUUCUCUCCUUAUUCAAUUCCUCAAUCUUCACCUUAUUCCAUACCUCAGUCGUCCCCUCGCCCGAUUUCUCAUUCUCUUCCUCAUUCCUCAAUACAUUCCCCUUCCUACCCCUCAUCCCAUAGUUCCCUUCCAACUUCCCACUCCCCUCUUCAGUCCCUUCCCUUGUACUCCCCACAUAAUUCCUUAACUCCACAAUCCCUUUCCUUGUCCCCAACUCAUUCACAAGGAAAGGAAUCCCCUUUUCAUCACUCGCUUUCUCCUCCGCACUCUCCUCCCUCCCAAUCCCUUACAGCUCCUUCCCAAUCCAUUCCAGCUCCUCCCCAAUCAAUUCCAGCUCCUUCCCAAUCCCUUCCAGCUCCUUCCCAAUCCAUUCCAGCUCCUUCCCAAUCCAUUCCAGCUUCCUCCCAAUCCCUUCCAGCUUCCUCCCAAUCCAUUCCAGCUCCUUCCCAAUCCAUUCUAGCUUCCUCCAAAUUCAUUCCAGUUUCCUCCCAAUCCCUUCCAGCUCCGUCCCUCUCACUGAACUCUUCUGCCAAUGUGUUCCCAUUGAGAAAACUGGAAAACAAAUUAAAAUCUGGAAAAUAUGAAACUUCCGAAGCAUUUGCUGAGGACUUCAGAAGUAUGAUUGGAGAUGUGUACAGACAGUUUUCCACAGAUGAUCCUUGCAUUCAGAUUGCGCAGCAUUUACAUCACAGGUUUGAAUAUGAAUAUGCUAGGGGUAUAAAAGCAGAAGAAGAUGAAAUAAUGAAUGAAAAAGAAGCUGCUGAAAUAGCACUGCUUGAAAACAUGAAAAAAGAAGCGACUGCUAUAGAGGAGCAAUUGGAGCAACUCAUUCAGGAAGAGAAUGAGAGGUUAGAGGAUGCAAGGAUGGAAGAGGCAAGAGGUCUUGUAGACAAGAUUUCUCUUCUUGAUUGUUCAAGUUGUGAAAUAAAGAAGAGAAUCUUGAGUAGCUUUUCUAUGUAA